AUGGCGCUCGGAGUUCAGGAUUUGGGGCUCACGGAGUCUAGCAAGAGGAAGAAGAGGCAUCAGGUAAAGAAGAAGAAGAAGGAGAAGUCCAGAUCCAAGAAGGACAAGAAGGAACGGAAUGGAAAGCUGAGAGAGGGCCUCGGAUCUGUUCUGAACUCCGAAGCGAACUGCCUGAUGCAACGCAAGGCGGCGGGGGCCUGGAAGCGAGAGUUCGUUGCGCAGCGCUCGGUCCGCUUCCAAGCUGCUUCACCUCAAACGAAGUUCGGUGCUUCGAUGCUUGGACCAUCGGAGGGCGGGACAUCGCUGGCACACAACUGGGUGGCCAUGUCCAGAGCAAGCGCCAGUGCAGAGGCUCUGGGAGACGUCCUCGACGAUGUCAUUGUGCCCCUCUUCGCAAGUGCAGAGGAAGCUUUCCAAAGCCUUCCUGCUCGCUACGCCAGUUUCAGUGAGGCAAGCCUCCCUGUGGAUCUUGUUGAACGGCAUGCAGCUCUGUCGGCUUUGGCAGAAAUUGCCACAGGCUUCAGCCCCGCAGAGUUGGGCUUCUUCGCGCGGUCUCUGGAAUUGGCCCUGCUGGAGAGACGGAAAGGACAGGAGGUCACAGCUGGGCCGACCCCGCCGACACGGGCACGGCCACUCUUCCCGGACGCACCCAUGCCCACACCACCUUCAGCGAAGCCUCCUGCACCGCCACCGCCGGCUGCGAUUCGUGCAAUUCCUGCUCCUCCAAAGCCACAGGCUCCGGCGCCGGCUACGAUUGGUGCAAUUCCUCCAAAGGCAUCGACACCAUCGUCGGCUCCACCUUCCGGGGCUCACCCUGAACUUCCCAAGGACUCGAGUCCAGGGCCCAAGUCGCCCGAGCCGGAACGAAAAGGCCUGGUCCCAGACAAAGCUGACGCAGAAGCUGCCGACAAGGUUUACGAGCUUUGCAGGGCUUUGGCAGAGAAGCCUUGUCAAGUCGACGGCCGGCUCCAAGCGGACAAUGUUAGGCAAUUUGUCAGAGAUCUUCUGGCAGUGGCUUCCCAGCCUCUGCACUGGGAGGAGGCAUGGUCCCGCAUGGGACUGCCGGAAAGCCUGCGGUCUGAGGCGGGCAGCGCCUUCUUGAGCAACUUACUGGAGUUUGCAUCCGCUCCAGUCGGAGCUGAUCUGGAUGAUGCAGCACGGGUGUCUGCAGCAGCCAUUGCUGCUCUUUCCAAGGGGCAUCGCCUCAAGAUGAGCCAGGUUGAGGACUUCCUGAUCAAGCGUUUGGACUCCGAUGACUCAAGGGAUCCACAGCUCUGGAAAGUCCUGUCUUGGCUCCUCUUUCAUUGGUUUCCUCAGGGGAAGACGGCGGGGUGGGGCUGGUGGCGCGUUGGUUGGUCAUGGUCUCAAUG